AUGUCUCUGAACCAAGGAGCAACGAAGCUCCGACGCGCCCUGGAAGACCCCAACGGCUUUGUAGUAGCCCCGGGAGUAUACGAUGGCUUAUCCGCUCGACUUGCUCUCGCCGCAGGCUUCGACGCGCUGUACAUGACCGGCGCCGGUACUGCAGCAUCUGUCCAUGGACAAGCAGAUCUAGGCAUUUGCACGUUAAAUGACAUGCGCAACAACGCGGAGAUGCUAGCAAAUCUUUCACCCUCAACACCACUCAUCGCGGAUGCCGACACUGGCUACGGAGGCCCUAUCAUGGUCGCUCGUACCACCGAGCAAUAUGCCCGCUCAGGUGUAGCGGGCUUCCAUAUCGAGGAUCAAGUCCAAACAAAACGAUGCGGGCACCUGUCGGGCAAGUUGCUCGUUGACACGACCACUUAUACAACCCGUAUCCGUGCGGCCGUGCAGGCCCGUCAAAGACUGGGCAGCGACAUCGUGAUCAUUGCGCGCACUGAUGCCUUGCAGGGGCAAGGGUACGAGGAAAGUCUGGCUCGGCUCCGCGCAGCACGGGAUGCUGGCGCUGAUGUGGGGUUCCUGGAGGGAAUCUCGUCUCGUGAAGAAGCGAAACAAGCUGUGCAGGAUCUUGCGCCGUGGCCUUUAUUGUUGAAUAUGGUGGAGCAUGGAUCCACGCCUUCCAUCACGGCUGCCGAAGCGCGAGAGAUGGGGUUCCGUAUCAUUAUCUAUCCUUUUGCCACGAUCGGGCCUGCCCUGGUGGCUAUGCGCGAGGGAUUGGAGAAGCUGAAGCGAGAUGGUAUUCCGGGCUUGGAUAAGGAGAUAACCCCUCAGAUGCUGUUCAGGGUCUGUGGGCUCGAUGAAAGUGUCAAACUCGAUGCGGAUGCUGGUGGCGUUGCAUUCGAUGGUGGUGUUGAUUUGAGGAAAACUUGA